AAAGCGAAAGCCACAACACUCAGUCGGAACAGCUGACUCUCAAAGGUGGCCGCACCACCGCCACCCACCACCCAACUGCUGCAGGGCCAAACAGAAACUCCGUCACUAGGCUUACGGAGCAUUUCGCCAAGAAAGCGUGGGGGCGUCACCGUCGCCCACUGACGUCGACGCACUCGGCACAAGCAAAACAGUUACGCGCUGUCCCACGGAGUGUGUGGAGUUGCGUUGAAAGGGGCUCCGGAGUCCAAACGGCAAUCGAAAAGAGCACGGGAAGGGGCCAGCACAGCGGAGCCUUGACCCGAGAGUAGUGAAAUGUGGCGCCUUGCAGGCGAAAAAGUGACGUGAAAUGCCAAGUGCAGCCACAUCGAAGCCACCAAGGAUCUUGUAGCAGCGGCAGGAGCAGCCCCUUCUCCAUGGGUUCAUGCCUUGGCAGCUGUGCCACAGCUGCCGCCGCACCCGCCCACUCCGCCUGCACCUCAACAUCCGACUCCACCACCCACUCGACGUCCUCGACGUCGUCUUCCCUGACAACGCCCCCCGCGUCCUGGGUGGGCAACAGCUGGCUCUGGCGCAAGAACAGAUCCGCAGCACGACAAGAUCCAGAAGCAGAGCUUUUAUCGAGGACCACCAGGCAGCGCUGCCAGCGAAGCGGAUUCAUCUACCGCAUCCUGCGGCUUAAGAGGAGACAGCAGUGCCCCAGCUUUUUGGACAAGUACUGGGAGCAGCAGCCCAGCUACGCCAAGCUGCCGACCACCGCCAUGGCGGACAUUCAGAUGCAGAACCUCGACGCCGCCAAGUUGCUCAACGCCCAGACCACGUCCAGCAGGGAGACGGAGAUGGGACUUGGAGGAUACCAGCGCAUGGCCAACUCGCGGGCCAGUUCCUCCUUGGACCUCGAGUGGGAGCACGAGUACUCGCAACUGCGGCAGUAUCAGCUCCAGUGCCAGCAGGUGCCCAAGGAUCUGCCGCCAACGCCACCAAAGCCGCGCUAUGCAUCCCUGGACCAGCUGGCGGCAGCCAAUGCGAUGGCCACCAGCCAAGGACGACACAUGGCGCGGCAGGCCAGGCUGAGUUGCCAGCGCCACGGAGGUUCGCUGACGCGGAACUCGUGCUGCUCGUCCACGCAAAACUCCUGGUCCCACAUAUCCACGCCAGAGUCGCUUGAAUGGGACGUGGACGAGGAGCGGGAGCAGCAGCGUCAGCUCCGCCUGGAGGAUGACAAUCUGGAUGACAGAACGCUCAAGCUGCUGCAUCAGAUCGAGCAAUUAAAGCACCAUGUGCUGCAGGAGACUGGCGAUGGACUCAGCAUGGAAUCAGCUGCGGUCGAGGAGCUCACCGAGGGCCUUCAGUUCCGAGCAACGCACUUCGCUGGCGACUCCCAGCUGGAGGCCCAUGUAAGUUGAUUGGAAUCACUUUAAAACCUAUCAUGCACAUAGUAUUAGGGUAAGAGGUGUACAUAGCAGAUGUAAGGAGCAGUUAAAUUAUCCUGUAGAGAGCAGUUCGUUGCCAGAUACAUUGAAACCCGUUUCCGUUUUAACUGGCCAGGAACACUGGCCAUUUUUACUGCCUGACUUUUUCGCUAUCUUAAAGUCUUUAUCUGUAAACCAAAGUUCCAGUCUAUACUUAUGCACUCAUACAAAUUCUUGUUAAUUAGGGCUAAGCCGUAGUUCGUUAAAAACAUUUUGAAAUGCUUUUAAAUUGAGGGAUCAAAGUUUGAAAUCAGACAAUGUCUAAAGUAAACAUGUUUGAUUUGAAUUGCUUUUUGUUUGA